AUGAUUAAUUUUGCAAAUCCUGAAUUAAAAUUUCCUAGUUGCAAAGUAUUAGUAGGUUGUAUUUUAAGUUUAAAUUCAGAAACUAUUAAGAAUGCUUUAAUUGAUACUACACAAAAAGAUGUAUUUGGAAUUACU